GCGGUGGAGUGGUGAGGAUGAGAAGGAGGUGAAGAAGAGGAGGGGGUGGAGAGUCGGGACAGAUGCCGUGCGUGUACAUCUCGACCAACGUCUGCCUCGAUGGGCUCGACCUCGACCCCAUCUUCUCCGAUGCCACUAAAGCCGUCGCCGCCAUCAUCGGCAGACCCGAGAACUUUGUGAUGGUCAUCCUGAAGGGGUCCUUGGCGAUAUCGUUCGGGGGCAACAAAGAGCCGGCUGCUUACACGGAGAUAGUGGCGAUGGGCGGCAUCAACACACAAGUGAAGAGGAAGCUGAUCGCGACUUUGGGGGACAUCCUCCACAAGAGGCUCUCGAUUCUGCCCGCCAGGUUCUUCCUCAAGGUCUACGACACCACGGCGCAAGCCAUCCCGAAAUUGUAACCUUAAUAUAUAUAUUUGUACUGAUUAAUGAUCAAGACGUUAUCUUCUUUCCGAUUUCCUAUGUUGUAUUGUUCACGGGUUCCAACAAACGGAGCUAAUCGAUGGGAUUUUCGAGUGAUAAACUUAUUUUUUGGGAGGUGCAAAGGAGUUUAGCUUGUGAUCUUCUGUGUGUCCAGUGUGACUAGCUUUUGCACUGCCCAAAA